AUGCAGGCUUUUCUCGUGGAUGGAGCAGACAGGACGAGGAGCUGCUGGUAUACGCACACCACAUCCUUCGUGGUUCAGAACAGCGCACCCGAGAAUCGGACGGAUGCUCUCAGGAGGAAUCUUCGUCUUUACGAGGCAGGUUAUCGCGGGAGGCCGGCCGCUGAGGAGCCUCUGUUACUACAGCCAAGAUCCGGAAGAGAUUUCGCCUACGUGACAAUCAUCUGGAGCGAAGAUUAUGUGGAUAAUGCAAUUGUAUGGGCAACGGGUCUUAUCGCUUCUGGCUCAACGUUUCGCCGGCUUUGCAUGGUAGCCAGAGGCAAAAUUGAAAGGAGAAAGAUUAGAAUUCUUUCGAGGUGCUGUUGUGACAUCGAUUUAACAGAUCCGAUUCAAUCCCCUGCUCUCUCAACCAGCCGGUCGAGUCGGUACGAGUUCGUAUUAACGAAGCUACGUGUGCUGCAACUUGACCAGAAGGGGAUCAGGAAGAUCGUCAUGAUGGACGCAGAUACACUGGUAUUGCAAAAUGUUGAUGAACUUUUCUGGUUGCCGUCUCCUUCGGCUACGGUGAACAAGGACACUUUGAUGGGCGAGCUGGACAGGCCCAAGUUGAGUGCUGGCGUGAUGGUGCUGGAGCCCGACAGUGUCAAGUUCGACCAUCUCCUUGAAGGCCUUCAGGGAGUGGAGACGUCGCAGUUCGUUGAACAAGAUUUGCUGGAUGCAUAUUUCAACCACAGCUACAACAUCAUACCGCUCACGUACAACCUUUAUCCAGAAUUGCUGGACGUCAUGCCAUUUCUUCAUUAUGAGAGCGACAGCGAAGCCAACGACAUGUUGACAAACUUCUCCUUCCCGAUGGACAACGGAAUCAAGAUAGUUCAUCUGUGGCAUCUUUUCAAUCCUUUCCAAACGUUUGCGUACGCGGGUGCGCAGUACCUCCAGAUAAAUGCAAAGAUGGUGCAUCGGCAGAUGUGGAGAUGGUACACACUUUUCUGGACUCUUCACCAACGGGGGCUCCAACGCGGCGCACCGGAGGAGUACCCCAGGUGGAAGCAGCGCUGUGUUGAAAGAUCCCAGGCUCCAGCCCCCGUUCGUCGCUUCUCGACAACGUAG